AUGGAAAGUAUGCUUUUUGGUUUCACACCUAAGCGCUUACGAAAACUCGCAUAUCAACUAGCGAAAAGUAACAAUAUCCAUGAAAGAUUCAGUUCUGUCAAAGAAGAAGCAGGUCUGGACUGGUAUAGAGGAUUUAUUUCACGACAUCCAGACCUGUCUUUAAGAAUGCCAGAGCCAACUUCUUCGGCACGGGCACAAGGCUUCAACAAAGUUGUUGUUGACCAGUUUUUUGAUUUGCUCACUGAGUUACAGACAAAGCACCACUAUAGUCCAGACAGGGUAUACAACUGUGACGAGACUGGUUUCACAACUGUGCCGAACAGACCUUCCAAGGUGAUAGCAGCUCGGGGCAAGAAGCAAGUUGGCAGCUUGAGUUCGGCAGAACGUGGUCAGUUAGUGACAGUGGAAAUAUGCAUGAGUGCAUCAGGUAAUUUCAUCCCUCCUAUGUUUGUGUUUCCGAGAUGCCGAAUGAAGCCUGAGUUACUUGAUGCUGCACCACCAGGAUCCAUCGGUGUAGCCCAUCCGUCUGGUUGGAUGCAAACUGAUUUGUUUCUGAAAUGGUUUGAACAUUUUGUAUAUCACAGUCAUUCGUGUGCCGAUUCACCAGUACUGUUGAUCCUUGAUGGACAUAAAACCCACACCUUAAAUCUUGAUGUUAUCAAUCUUGCUCGUGAAAAGUGUGUUUCUCUCCUAUGUUUACCACCUCAUUGCAGCCAUCGGCUACAACCAUUAGACGUAAGCUUGAUGAAACCACUCAGUACGUAUUACACUCAAGAAGUUGAGAAGUGGUUACUUGUUCACCCAGGUAGAAUAGUGACUACUCUGCAAUUACCUGCGCUCUUCCGAGAGGCUUAUCUUCGUGCAGCCAGUGCUCUGACUGCAGUCAAUGGGUUUAGAAAAACUGCAAACGCUCUCAACGUCAUUAUUUGUAACGAAAAAGAAUCGACAAUUCCAUUUAAACCACCUUAA